AUGAGAUACAACAUUUUAUCUUUUCAAAUCAUGCCACUAAUUCUAACUGUCGUCUGGCUUAACGAGUUCUUCAAAUGCCAAGAUAUCUGUGAACAACGUGAAUUGGAAAAAUUAAUUUCUGAAAAUAGUUCAUAUCUAUAUUCUCAGCACUAUAUGUACUUACAGAGCAUCAGAAUGAAUCAGUAUCAGCCAGCUGUGAGUAUAAGUUCAAAUAAACACAAUAGACCUUUCGAAGUUAGUCCGAAACUGUCGUUUAAAUAUUACAGUAUUCAGGUCAAACGUUUCUAUAUUCUUCCUUUUGGUGCCAUAAGUAUUUAUGGAGAUGAUUACGUCGGAUAUAUAUCAGCUUUUAAAACACCCGAUAUUUCUCCCCAGUUUGAGAUUUUGAAUGAAAACGAAUUAUUUGCUGUCAGAUGGUUUAUUAAUCAAGAAGUUGAUGGUAAACAGUUAACAGCCAAGGUAACUUGGCUAAUUCAUCCGAAUGGGAAGAUAGUUUUCUAUUAUGAUAACAUUUCAUCGGAAAUUAAAGGAAUUCAAUGGGAAACGAAAAUCGUCGCUUUCUUCAGUUGUAAAGCAAAUUUAGUAGCAUCUGAAAUAACUACUCCUUCAAUAUGGAUCAAAAGUGGCACAUUGAUGGAAUAUGAAGCUGUCAAAAACUAUUGUCCAAAACACACUUCAGCGGAUGCAUGCCAAAGGGCAACAAAAUCGGAUAUAAAUUGUAUUUGGUGUGAUAAAGCGAACAUAUGCAUUGAUGAUACUGACCAGGAUGCUCAUAACACGAAAGUUAAUAACUGCCAUUCUAAGAACCCAGAUGUGAAUGAUUUGAGUAGACAAACGCCCACCAAACACAUUGAAACAGCAUCGAGCGCUGGUGAAUUUCCGGUUAUAGAACACCUUAAGAAAACUACAGAAAAAACUGAUCAACACUCGAACCCAGAUGUGAAUGAUUUGAGUACACAAACGCCCACCAAACACAUUGAAACAGCAUCGAGCGCUGGUGAAUUUCCGGUUAUAGAACACCUUAAGAAAACUACAGAAAAAACUGAUCAACACUCGGUAAAUAUUUGA